AUGGCAUCGACAGCACAGAUCAAAGUACUACUACUUACCAAAACCUGCGGUUACCGUCAUGACUGCAUUCCCUCCAUGAUCUCGGCCUUCAACUCACUACCAUUCUCCGUAAACGCAACUGAAGAUUCAACAGAACUACUCUCUCUUUCAGACUACGACGUCGUUGCUCUCGGACACAACACCGGCGAUUACCUGACUGAAGAGGAAAUCACCUCUUUGUUAAACUUCGUCGAGAAUGGCGGUGGCGUUGUAGGCAUCCAUGCUGCUACAUCCGGCCUCGAUACAAAUGCCAGGUAUACCAAGAUUUUGGGCGAAGUGUUUAAUGGCCACCCACCACCGCAAUGGAUGACUCUCUCAGUGGAAACCCCAGAUCACUACAUCAACGGGCAUGAGUCUCUUCCUGGUCCGAAUGCAGCACCUGAAGAAGCUCAUAACUGUCCUGUUAAGAUAGAAUCUCUUCUAGCGAGGCAGUUUCCAUGGUUCGACGAGGUGUAUACCUUCAGAUCGCACCCACGCGUUGAAGGCCGCACGAUCUUACUUUCAGUGCAAGAGGGCAACGAGGAGGGUGCUGAAUCUGCUGGCUUUCCUCUGUCAUGGACUCAGACGGUCGGAAGGGGAAGAGUGUAUUACACUGCUUUGGGUCAUUUUGAUGAAGCAUAUCAAGAUACUUGGUUCAUGGAAGGCUUGCGCCGAGCUGUGGUAUGGACUGCGAAGAAGGAUUGA